UCUGCCUGUCAACCCGCGUAAAACCGCGUUCAGCCUCCCCGGAUGACGUAACGCCCAGUCUGGAAGUGCAAUGGCGAUAUUAGACAAUAACAGCCGUCGUGUUGGGGGACCACAUCUGUAUUAUGUGGCUAACAUUGAAGAAAACACCUCCAGUUGGCUGCAAAACCACAUAUAAUAUCAGCACCGCGCACGAGCGUCAACCUACGAGCGGGAAAGGGGAUUUCAGAGCCUCCAGACGCGAUGACAGUUUAGACUGAAACGCUGGUGUGACGUGUAACGGGACACCAUGGCCGCACAGGAACCGUCCCCUCCUUCGUCCAUGGAGAGCAAUAAACCUGGCUUCCCUAAGAAGAUCCUGGGAAAUAAGCUGGAGGACAAGCACCUGUGCAACUGUUGCCACAACAUACUCCGACGGCCGUUCCAGGCCCAGUGUGGACAUCGCUUCUGCUCUUACUGCUUCAACAGGGCUGUGAGUAAUGGACCCCAGAAAUGCAAUGCGUGCAUUAAGGAAGACAUUUUUGAGGAGUCUACAUCAAUUUUGAAACAAGGAUGUGCUUUCCCUGACAACGCCGUUCGAAGGGAAGUUGAAAGCCUGUCUGCUGUUUGCAUCAAUGAGAGUUGUACUUGGAAAGGAACCAUCAAAGAAUAUGAGCUGAAUCAUGAAGGGAAAUGUGAGUUCAUGAUCAUCCCAUGCCCUUCCUGCAAAGAACGAAUACGCUUCAACGAACAGGAGCGCCACAAUGAGCGGGAGUGUCCAGAGAGGACGCUUAACUGCAAGUACUGCAAGGAGCCAUUUCACUUCAAAAACAUCAAGGCACACGAUGAGAUCUGCCCCAAGUAUCCGAUGAUCUGUGAAGGCUGUGCCAAAAAGAAAAUACCCAGAGAAAAGUACGUGGACCAUAUUAAAUUCUGCAGCAAAUUCAGAACUCCAUGUCGAUUUCAUGUCGUUGGAUGUGACAUGUCUGUGGAGAAAGAGAAGAUUCAUGACCAUGAACGUGCUUUUGCCUAUGAGCACCUGAACCUGCUCCUGCACUACAUUAUGGGCAUGAAAGUAAGCAUGGAGGGCCUGCAGCCCCAGGGACUGGAAAUAGCCGGACACAAACUGGUAGAACUCCAACAAUCCCUCAGGGAACUCGAGGCUCGAGUCUCCCUGCUCAGCACCACCUCCUCUGGGCCUCCCGUGCAGGGAGCUGCCGCCUCCUCCUCCUCUUCCUCCAGCUCUGGUCCCCCUGGUCCAGCCGCUUCAGCUCCUCUCCCUCCACCUCCCACUCUUCCUCCCACUCUUCCUCCCACUCUCUCUGUUUCUACCUCCUUCACACCCCUGCCCAGCUCGGUGGGCGCAGCGCUGGAGCUGCAGCUCCACAGCGAGAAGACCAAGGUGGUCGAGCUGGGCCGCAGGUGCACAGAACUGGAGGUUAAAUCCGGCACGUUUGAAAACGUGGUGUGUGUUCUAAACAGAGAAGUGGAAAGGUUUGCCACAACCAUGGAGGCCAGCACCCGGCAGCAUAAACUGGACCAAGAUAAGAUCGAAGCUCUGAGUAAUAAGGUGCGACAGCUGGAGAGGACCGUGGGACUGAAGGACCUUACGGUGGCUGAGAUGGAGGGACGACUGAGGGAGAUGUCAGCCACCACCUUUGAUGGAGUCUUCAUCUGGAGAAUCUCAGAUUUUGCUAAAAAGCGACAGGAUGCUGUUGCAGGUCGGGCCCCUGCUAUGUUCUCACCAGCCUUCUAUACCAGUAAAUACGGCUACAAGAUGUGCCUACGGAUCUAUCUGAACGGAGACGGGACGGGGCGCGGCAGCCACCUGUCUUUGUUCUUUGUGGUGAUGAGAGGACUGAGUGAUGCUCUGCUCAAAUGGCCCUUCAACCAGAAGGUGACUCUGAUGCUGCUGGACCAGAGCAGCAGGGAGCACAUCAUCGAUGCCUUUCGACCAGAUGUCACUUCCUCGUCCUUCCAGAGACCUGUCAGUGAGAUGAACAUCGCCAGCGGCUGUCCGCUUUUCUGCCCUCUCUCCAAGCUUGAUGGCAAGAACUCUUACAUCCGAGACGACACCAUCUUCAUCAAAGCCAUCGUGGACCUCACCGGGCUCUAGAUGGCUCCACUCAUUGCAAUUUGACAACCUGGCAGCUCUCUGACCAUUACAGCUUCUUUUUGGCUCAGUCAUGGUCCCGUUAAGGCUCUGUUCGGGGCAUCGUACUGUCCCCCCUGCACUUGCGGGGAGGCAAACAUGCUUGCGACUGUAUGCUGCAUGCGGCUGCUCAGUCCAGUGCUCGCAUUGUCAUACCAGGUGGUAUCUGUGUGAGAACCACCAUCAUUGAUGUACAUUUUGGGUGCAAAACUUAAUUUCCUUUAACAUCAUCCCCACCGGGGUUAAAAGCCAGUUCUGCACAUGUUUUCAGUUGAAGGACAGUAAGGCGAGCGGCAGUGUGUCGUGGUUUAACGCAGAGGCGCUACGAUGGAGAGAAGAGAAGGAACCUUCUUUAACCCUCUGCUUUAGGGGGACUUUCGGAACAAGCGCAUUGUGUUAGCACAGGAUUGUAGACUACAGAUAGUUGGUGUGGUUUUAUCAUAAAGCUGGCUUGUCUUAGAGGUAGAGCUUGAUGCAGUUUUUCCUUCUUGAAGAUUUUUGAUAUUGUAAGCUUGCCAUGUCGAGUGAUUUUUGCAUAGACAAACGUGGAGUUAUGUUAUGAAUAAGAUAACAGGCUUUUGUUUUUUGUUUGCUUUUGCUUUUCUUUCUUAGCCGAAUGCAUGCCGCUGGCGUCUUUUAAACGGCUCCCUUUUCCCCCCAGCCUUGCUUCACCAAGGUUUGCCGUAAACUUGUUAGUGAAUUAGCCAUCCGUGAUGGUGGACAUUGCCUGCAUGUCUUUGGAACCAGGCUAUUUACAUGUAGAGUGGAGUGUUGCGUGUUUGUUCCUGUUGAGGGUCGGAGGUUCUGAUAGGUGGUUUGGUACAUCUGUGGAAGAUACAGCGGAGUUACCCAAGGAGUCAGGAGUCAGUCAGGCACGAGGCGUAAAACUUGCAUGUGUUCUUUUGUCUCCGACAAACAUGCACAGCUGGAGUUUUCCUGCAGGAUUUGCUCACUUGCUCACAACUCGACACGUAGUACUGAGCCCCACCACAGACCGAGGUUAACACAGAUUCGCUGAGGUUAAAGGAUCGUUUGUCUGUUCGUAUAGUUUCCAGUGCAUAUGUGUGUCAGCUGCUCUGAGUGUGUGUGUGUUAGUGAAAGUAGACAUGAGCUAAAUGUGUGUGGUGGUCGGGUGGCUGGAAACGAGAUUGUAAAGAGUUCGCUGUAGGCUCCAGGCCUUUACUGGCCAUAUUUAUUGUAACUUAACAUUUUAAAUGCAGCCCCAGAUAAAUUAUUUGCAGUGCUUUCACUUCUCUCCAAUCGAUCUAUCUGGUCAGGGUGUAAUUUUUCUACACGUCCACAAGAGAUUGCUGUUACUUAGCGCGCGUGCUGAGGUUUUAAGGUUCCCACUGGCCUGUUUGGAAACCAGUCUCAACCUGUAUUUAACCCUCUCUGUGCAUGGGAGGCUUCAGUUCAUUUUCACUAUAGAGUUUGACGCUGGUUUACUCUGUGAGCUGUGCGCAUUUAUUUGUAUUUGUUUGGAUGAGAAUACGUGAACAUAGAAUAGUUAUUAUGUUAUAUCUGGCGCUGCCCGACCCAGGCAGCUGCCUAUAUUCAUAGCAAUUUAUAAAUAUGUAUCUUUCAUAUCAUAAUGUUAAAAUAAUCUAUAUAUUGAUGUUAAUAUACAGAAGAUGUUAUAAUAAACAUAGUAUUACUGAAUAUCUUAUUAAUUCUAUAUAUCUGUAGACCAGCUUUUGGUUUGAUGGUUUGAACAGGCCAGGGCGACCUCUUUGUGCAGCGAGGACUUUCAGAGUGCAAUACACCAUCACCUCCCUUAAACCACCUCAGCUUUAAGGGGGUUCAGAGGUCAUGCUAUUUGUUGCCAUUUGUUUACAUUACUCAUUAUGGCGCUGAAGAGCUGUGACCGACUUCAAACUUUCUGAGGAAACGCGGUGGUUUUUCUGAUCUGCUUCAUCGACACGGAGAACUAGCUCAGUCGGCUUUUAGGGAAGACCAUUUAACUGUUUAGAAACGUUUCUUGCAUACGGUGUCUUUUUUCUUGACUCUAAAAUGUGUUAAUGAGCAUGUCACAUGAACUUUUUCUAAACCUGGGUGUUCUUGUAACUUGCCAAAAUGAAGAAUUACCUCCGUAUGCUAAACAGCGUUGUACAGCAAGUUUUUAUUUUAUGUUCUAUGCUAAUAUAUGGUGCCAAAUAUGUUUAUAUUUAAGUCUGUAUUUAUAUGCGUGUGGGUGAGUGCGGGCGUGUGCCGUUUUGAUACGCUGCAUGGGGUCGGUACCUUUAAUUCAGGCCCAUGAGACGGUCCUCAGAUGACAGAGGUUUUGAAUGUAAGCUUCAUUCUGUUGGUUUUGUCCUUCUCUUAAAAACAACAGUUUAGUCACAUGAUGCACUUGACUUGAACCGACUUUAUUUGUGCACUUUGUAUCAUUUGUCCUAACAGGGUAUUUUGUUGAGUGAUUUUAUGUACCUUAAAGCAGAGCCAUAUAUAAAUAUUUCUAUGUACAUCUAUCUGAUAAUCGCUGUAUCAUGCUACAAGAGGACAUGCAGUCUGUAAUAAAAGUGUUGGAUUCUGC